AUUAAUCAUAGUGCUUAUAAUAACAUUUCACUUUGUUGCCAUUAUAAAUCUUCCAUCAAAAGAGCUACUGAACACUAAUAUUAUUUUAUACUAUCAAAAUGGAGUAAAGUUUGAAAGCAACACUAUAAUAAUCAGUACUUAUAAUCUUCAGGACAUAAUGGUGGUUAAUUCUGCAUUUAACAAAGUUUGUCUUCAGUUUGAGUUUGUUAACAGCAGUACAACUAAUAGCAUUUCCAUUCACAUCACUAAUUAUGAAGAGCCAGUUCAUUCACUAGUGUACUACAAUAUAUCUCUUAAUGAUCAGUUGGACUUUACUCAGUGUAUUACUAACAUACCAGCUGGUAAUAACUUAACACUGUAUGCAUGUGAAUCAAUGGAUGACUGUACUACUAAUCCUGCUGCUGUAUUAACUGGUAUUGAUAUUCCUGCUAUAGUCCCUAGCACUAUGCUGACAAGCUACUUAAGAUUACAUGAAGACACAUUAGAAUCUACUUCUGAUCCCAUCUGCUAUAGUUCAGUAUUGUUAAUGUAUACUUCAACAACUACAAUUUCAUCUACAGUUAGAUCUACCAUGAUGAUAGAGGAUUGUAAUAUAAGAGAAAGUCAAAGUGAAAUACCUGUCACUAGUGCAGUAUUGAUUAGUGUAUUGAGUGUAUUCCUCAUACUAUCACUAAUGAUUAAUGUUAUUACAUUAACUGUGUGUUACUGCAAGAGGAAAGGGAAGAAUGGUCAAAGUUCACAAGAGCAAGAACUAUCAUCAGUUAAUCCACAGUAUGAGAAUGUACAUCUACCAGUUCCACAAUCAGAACUAUCAAUGAAAGAAUGUGCUGCUUAUGGUGUAGUGGAAGGAACUAGGUUUUAAAACUUCGUGAUAAUCAACUGUUAAAGUUUUUGUAAUUUGAAAUUCCUAUAGUGUCUAGUACUAUGCUGACAAGCGACAUAACAACAACGGUUUCAUCAGUUUCAUACAGUUAGAUCAACCAUGAUGAUGGAGGAUUGUAACAUAAGGGAAACUCAUAAUGAAAUACCUAUAAGUACUAGUGCAGUAUUGAUUAGUGUACUGAGUGUAUUCCUCAUAUCUUCUUUAGCAGAUGUCCCACAAUUGUCCCAGACUUCAUGACUUUAACGGCAAACUGAUCACGCCUGUUAUUUGUUUCUCGGGCACAGCUAAGAGUCUCUUCUAUAAAGGGACUCCACCUU